CUUUUAAAUCUUAUUCAAACACUAUUAAAGUCAAAAACUCUUUAAAUUAGUUUGACUUAAAAACAUUUAAAAUAAAUAAAUCCAUUCCGCCUCAAAGUCACUUAUAUAUAAAAUUAAUUACAGCCCCUUUGGGAUAGGCAGAGAGACUGAGCUUAUGAUAUAGUACUCCUAUAUAUAAAAGGAAAGUAGUGUGGCAUGGCAUCUAUGUUUAUGUAGCUCCCCUCCAUAAUGAUAAAACUUGGAAGUUUCGUAAUUUCUCUUUUAUGGACCAUCUCAUUUGCAAUUGCUGCACACGUUGGCUCUAUCAAGACCAAAACUUUGCAUUUCAAAGAAGCCCCAAAAUUCUACAAUUCCCCAACUUGUCCUUCUUUUAACUACUACCACUCCACCGACACGAAUAAUAUUACUAACAAUACACAAAUUUGCUUCCAAAAUGCAGUAAAUGUUGCCAUGACUCUUGAUGCUGCUUAUCUCCGUGGUUCGAUGGCUGCCAUUCUUUCUGUUCUUCAACAUUCUUCUUGUCCUGAAAAUGUUAUAUUUCACUUUGUGGCUUCGUCUUCUGCUAAUACCGAUUAUUUAAAUGUCACGCUUUCUACUUCAUUUCCUUAUCUUCAUUUCACAAUUUAUCUUUUCCAAGAUUCAGCUGUGGCUGGAUUGAUUUCCACGUCGAUUCGCGCUGCUUUGGAUUGUCCUUUAAAUUAUGCUCGGAAUUAUCUAGCUGAUCUUCUUCCUGGAUGUAUCCAAAAGGUUGUGUACCUGGAUUCAGAUCUUGUUCUUGUAGAUGACAUUGCCAAGCUAGCUGCUACACCUCUAGGUGAAGAAUCAGUUUUAGCAGCACCAGAAUACUGCAAUGCAAAUUUCACUACCUAUUUCACCCCUACUUUCUGGUCAAACCCUUCUCUUUCUUUGACUUUCGCAAACCGAAAGCCUUGUUAUUUCAACACGGGUGUAAUGGUAAUUGACCUUCAAAGAUGGAGAGCUGGAGAUUAUACAACAAAAAUUGUAGAAUGGAUGGAACUUCAGAAGAGAAUGAGGAUUUAUGAAUUGGGUUCAUUGCCACCUUUUUUACUUGUUUUUGCUGGAAAAAUAGCUCCAGUGGAUCAUAAGUGGAACCAACAUGGUCUUGGAGGAGAUAAUUUUCGGGGACUGUGUCGUGAUUUGCACCCUGGUUCGGUUAGCCUAUUGCAUUGGAGCGGAAAAGGGAAGCCCUGGGUACGGCUCGAUGCAAGCCGCCCUUGCCCGUUAGACGCCCUCUGGGCGCCUUAUGAUCUGCUGCAAACACCUUAUGUUCUUGAAUCCUGAGAAGCUAUAAGAAGUUGGAGCACAAGAGAGAGUAGAGAUCUGUGUACUCAUGAUUAGGAGAUCCUCCUCAUUGUGUUAUGUACAGUAAGAUUUUCUUUUCAUGUCUAAGGUAACGGCUGUUUCUUGUAUAUUGGAGUAAGUAUACAGUUUGGAGUUUUAGUGUGGUGCUUAUUAAGAUGAACUGUUUUUUGAUAAUUGUUUAAUUGAGAAUAAGUUAUUUCGAGAUUAAUUAUUUUGAAA